AUAGUACAGCUUUUUACUGCUUUCCCUCCCGAAGUCCCUUUUCUAUUCUGUAACGUCAAGAUUGCAUCUUGUGUGUUUUGAAUCGCACAUGGGACAUAAGUGAUUGGUUGACGAACUUUCCGUCAGUUGCAGAGCUCCCACCUGCGUAUUGGCGCCAUUGUGUUCAACAGACUCGCGAGUGGGUGUUCCUUUUGACCCGAAUGGCAGCUGGUCGAACGUUGUAAAUUGCUGCUGAGGAGCGUGUAGCCUUCAGUUAUACCGGUGACACGUUCACGUCAACACUCCCUCCCAUACUUUCCUUAUCUACCAUUGUUUACAUGGAAAGAAUAAAUCUGUCGUGACUCUUAUGCGAUUAUUUUACUUAUAUGAGAGAAUUUUGCCGUUCUGAAAUUUGAACUCCAGCUGAAAACCUACAGUGCUUUGUUACAGCACGAUCAAUAAGACUACUAAAAUUAAAACAGUCUUAUUUAAAACUUGAAACGCUUCAUUUGAUUCAGAAGUUACAAAAUCGUAGCGUACAUCUUUUCAGCAUUGUUUGUGCGACGUCUGUGCCAACAGUAGUACAAUGACUGUUGCUUCAAUGUCGUGUGUGAGAAUUGUGGUGCUUGGAGCACGGAAAGCUGGAAAAUCUGCUGUGACGGUGCGCUAUCUAACAAGGAGAUUUAUUGGUGAAUACAGUUCAAGUAAAGAUUUGCUGUACAGACAUGAAGUAUGUGUCGAUAGUCAUCACUGCCAAGUUGAAAUCCUUGAUACCUCCAGAUCCCAGGAUGACGUCUUUCCUGCUGAUAAAGUUGAUUGGGCAGACGCCUUCGUUGUCGUGUACAGUACAGCAGAUCGUCGUAGUUUCCAGGUGGCAACAGACAGUUUGCGACGUAUUCAACAGCACGUAGCAGGCCGGCAUGCGCCAAUUAUUCUACUUGGCAACAAAAAAGACUUAGAGCAUGCGAGACAAGUGAGCGUCGACGAUGGCCAAGAGAUGUCUUUACAGUUUCAGUGUCAGUUUUAUGAAGUUUCUGCAGCCGAUACACAUGUGGGUGUAACUGUAGCGUUUCAAAGUAUUUUACGUGAGGCUUUUUCGCAGAAGUCCAAGCGGACUCUACCAAUUAAACAGAAGUUGGGUGCCAUGACAGUGUCAAAAAUAAUUGGUACUGUUUUUGGUAAGGUUGUAAAAAACGACAAAAAGAAAAGGCCAUCUUUGUCUUUUUAACUUUCAUUUUAGGUUCUUCUCAGCUCUUGGUUAUUUCAGUUUGAGGAAAAUGACGUGGCGUGAAAAUUUAUUUGGGGUUGCUGAGAAUAAAUCAUUUCUUCCAAUUAGAAGAAACAUUGACAUUUUAUUGGUUCAAAUUGUAGUUGGUUGUAUGGAAGAAACAAUGAGUUAAUAUGCUCGAAAAAAAAAAAAAGCUCGUCAAACAAAUAGCGUCACAUAAGUCUUUUGUAUAUACAAAAAGUAUUCAGUUGCUUUUAUCACAACAAAUCUGUUGAAGAUUGUUUUCUCCUAAUAUUUGUGAUAGAGCAGAAUUGCUUGCAGUUGAUGACGUUUUCGGAAAAUUCGUCUUAGAAGUCGAUGGCACGUUAGUUGAUAAAUGAUGGAAUUAAUCGUUAAAGUUUCGGUUUUACAUGUCAAAAGCUGGCGAAAGCACAUUGUAAACUGCUUAAUAUUUAUAAUAAAAAUCACGUUAGAUUUCAUUCUUACUAACCUGAAUAAUCCAUCAGUCGUUAUAUUCUGCCGCUUUCCAUUUGAUCACUCUAAUAUCUGAACGAGUCGUCGUGAUCAAAUUCCGUGUCGUUCGAUCUGAUUCACACCAUCCAAUCAGAACUGUAAACACAGCUGAGUUUGCGCAAAUAUUUCUUUCUUCCAAAUGUUUAUUUACAAAAUGGAGGAAACCAUUGUUGAAGCGAUUAAAUUUAUCAAACUAAUUAAUUUCAAAUACACGUAUGCAAUGCAAACAUUUAUCUAAAUAGUUAAUCUCAUCAUUUAACCUUCUUUUUUUCUCUCUGAGAAAUCCAUCUAAAUCCAACAAUGAAGCAAUUGGAGAACGACGGAAUAUAA